AGUACCGAAGUCGGAUGCGGAGGGCUGGCGAAGGGCUGGCCGGCUAAUCGACAGCCGGAGAGCUUGUUACUCCGCAACAGCAGGCCGACGGAAGGCACAUGGCACCCGAGAAUGCCUGGAUAAUUCAAGAGCAUCGACGAAUAUCGACCAAAGAAGAUCAUGGCGACCGAACGCCUCCAAAGCAUCUUGUCCCAUGUGGCUCCGAAUGCGAGCCCGAUUGACAGAAUAACACAGAAGAGAGCGGAUGAUGUGGUCAUUACUCUGGCCUUGAGGACUCCGUUGUGCAAGGCCAAGAAGGGCGGGUUCAAAGAUACGCCUCUGGAUGCACUGCUCUUCCGCCUCUUGGAGCAAGUGGUCAAGAAAAGCAACGUCGACCCUCAGCAAUUCGGGGAUAUCUGUCUUGGAAACGUGAGGGAUGGCACUGCAGUGUAUCACCUUAGAGCCUCAUCACUGGCAGCUGGCUUCCCAGUGACCACGGCCGCUUCGACCACCAACCGCUUCUGCUCAUCGAGCUUGACCGCGACGCAACACAUUGCCAAUGAGGUUGCGUCCGGACUGAUCGACGUUGGCGUCGCUGUGGGGGCAGAGACCCUCAGCUUUGGCAAUGUCAGACUCAAUCGGCCAUUUGUCGACGAAGUCCGCAAUGCAAAUCAAAGCGCCUUGGACUGUGAACAACCUAUGGGUCAGACUUCCGAGACCGUCGGCACUGAAUUCAACAUCACCCGCGAGAUGCAAGAUCACUACGCCGUCGAGUCAUAUCGCCGGGCGGAGCUUGCGCAGAAGAGCGGCUGGUUCGAUGACGAGAUUGUGCCCGUCACGGUGAAAGUCAAGGGCAAGGACGGGACGGAGACGGAGAAGACCAUCACCAAGGACGAGAUCAGGUACGGAACUACCUACGAGUCCAUCAGCAAGCUACCUCCAUCCUUCGCCGAGUUUGGUGAUAAAAGUCAUGCUGGGAAUUCGAGUCAGGUCACCGACGGUGCGGCAGCGAUUGUGCUCAUGAAACGAUCCAAAGCGCUUGAGCUCCGGCAGCCUAUCCUGGGAAAGUACGUCGGGACGGCAAUUGCUGGACUCGAGCCACGGAUUAUGGGCAUCGGUCCCGUUUUUGCAAUCCCCAAACUCCUUAGCAAUCACAACCUGUCCAUAAACGACAUUGAUGUGAUUGAAAUCAACGAGGCAUUCGCCUCAAUGGCAGUAUAUUGCCGUGAUCGGCUUGGCAUCGAAUGGGAGAAGUUGAACCCGCGUGGGGGUGCAAUUGCUCUUGGUCAUCCUUUCGGCAUGACCGGCGUUAGACAGAUUGUGUGCGGUUUGAGCGAGUGCCGAAGGAGGAAGGCGAAGAUUUUGGUCACGUCGAUGUGCAUGGGAACUGGCAUGGGCAUGGCUGGGUUGUUUGUGAGCGAGCAGUGAGGAGUGUCUCGGACUAGUGCAUUCUGCCAGCUCUCAGUAGACUGUCAGUCUGCAGUCGCUUCAUAGCAGACACGCUCGCAAAAGGUCAUGCCACUCGGUCAACGUAAUCAGCCUAUCACCAC